AUGUCGACCUACGAAAUCGAACACAACACCACCGACCCCUCAACGGCCACCAACGCACGCCGCUGCCGCCCCGACCUCUCCACAUUCUUCUCAACCCUGUCCCAGAUCACUCCAGCUCCCGACCACAGACCCCAUGCAGUCCCCGUGCCAGGAGAUGUGAGCGCAGCAUUCUUCUCUCUCGCAGAGGCGUUGGAUAUGAUGCGGCGCGAGGCCGAUUCCGCGCCGCACCCGGACGCGCAGGAGGGCACCGAUAACGCCGACUCAGAUACCGGUCGCGAUCUGUUGACCACGAUGAUCCAGUCGCUACUCGCACAGGCAGAUACGCCGCCGCGGGAGGUGGAGGGUGUUGAUGAGGAAUUCUGUGAUACGCUCGAACGUGUUCCCAAAGCGUCCCUCAAACCAGCUGAUACCUGUCCUAUCUGCAACAAUCCCUUCAUGGAAGAUGCCUACCCGCUCGUCGUCCAGCUGCCCUGCCACCCGACACACCGCUUCGAUCUCGAGUGUGUGCGGCCUUGGCUGCGGCUGCGCGGGACGUGUCCGCUUGACCGUAUCGACUUUGCGAAGCAAUUGAGAGAUAAGGUGGAGGCGAAGAAGAAGCUUGUUGAGGAGGAUGAGGAGGAGGAAUGGGAUGACAGCGACUUCACGCGCGAAGUAUCACACAUUACCAGGGUAUUUUCUCCUCCCAUUCACCCCUGUGCAACUACAUCUACAUACUCGCUUACUUCCCAGGUUACCAUUUCCACGUUUAGAUACCCGAACCACCUUCUUUUGGAAAUCAAGAUACUUACCAGUGAGUAUCCCAGCCCCCUUCAUCGUACCACCACAAUGUCAUCACCAAUGGAGACCCUCGCCCUCGUUUUCUUUUUUCUCAUACUGGGACUGACGAUCAUGAUAAUCAUGAUUCUCGUCAAGGAGUGGACCGAGUACCAAGCUAUGCAGUUUUGGCCGAAACUGCGUAGUACUCGCACUCUCGAUCUGGAGUCGGGCCUCUAUUUAAUAGAGGAAAUCAAGGAACUGACAUGGCGCGUCGAGCAGAUGGAAACUGAUAUUGGUCGCAAGUUCCAGCUUGCUGGAUACUUGUCUGAAUACCAUGAUCAACCCCCAUCUCCUUAA